AUGAUGAUGUUGAAUAGUGCAACAGAAAUAAUCGAUGACAACAUGGUCGUCGAAGGAUAUGAAGAAAUCGCAGUGGAUGAUAUAAACGACAUGAAUGAGCUGGUGGUGGAUAAUGAUGAUGAUGACAGUAUGCAGUAUGAAGAAGUUCAUGACGACGAGUACGGUGGGAUGGCAGUUGAUCAAUACAACGAUAUUGUUUCAUUCAAAAAAACCAACAAUAUUCCUCAAAGUGUCCUCAAUAGAAAUGAUAGAAGCGCUCCUAGCCACUGGAGAAGCCGCUGUAAGUGUUUUUCCAUGGCCGAUGAUAACGAAACUCUACUCUACUACAAUCCCGAAAAUGCUGUGAACGCUGUUCCGAAGGUGGUAGUGAAGAAAGGAGAAGUUCGUAAAGUUCUUGAAAGAAUUCACGAGCUCAUCGGGCACCUUGGACAAAAAAGAACGCAAAUGGUUGUUCUUCGCAAGCUGUACUGGCGGUCCGUACGUCAAGACGUUAAGACUUUCAUUGCUUCCUGUGAUUUUUGUACUGAGAAAAAGCUUCAUGGAAGAAAAAUAACAAAAGCACCUGUGGAUAUUACCUCUGAAAAUUUCGACAUUUCGGUGCUCGUAAGAGAAAAUAUCGUUAGUGGAAGUACUGAUCGAUUAGAGUUUCAUCUUCUUGGAUAUAACGAAGCAGAAGUACGAGAAGCGUCUUAUACAAGAAUGACAUCGUACACUUUUAAAGAAACAGCUAGCGAGUAUAGAAGUCGAUAUUCAAGUCAACCAACAGGACCUCCAGCUUUCCGUCGGCAACCAUACGUGAAAAAGCUCAACAAUCAGUCAGUUGGAUAUCUUGUGCCUUUUCAUCAAAGAUCUCGUGCUGUUGAGCCCGAAUUUAUCGAAAUGUAUGGGCGUGAUGUUUAUUCACAAGAUAUGAUUUACGAAACCGUGCCUGAAAUGGAAGAUAAUAUGAUGAGACCGAGAGAAGAAGUGAAACGAAAAGAGACUCAACUUCCUGAUGCACAUCCUAUAACUCUAUGUGGUACAGAAUUGAGUUCAAAGAACUUCAAAACAGAAGACGAGAUUGUGUUGGAUGAUACAAUUUCUCCUUCUCGAGCUGGGCCAUCUUCAUCUUCUUCUUCUUUGCCUGGUUCUCCUCAGAAGCAACAUAUGAGAUACGCUCGAAAACGAUCGAUCGAACAAGAUUCAGAUAGAAGCAGAGGUCAAAUGAGGGAAUAUCACUCAUCGGAAAGACAGGAAUCACCUGCUCCUACCACAACAGCAGGUCUUGUGAAAAAGAGGAGAAGAGAGUUUCCAAGUAUCCGUGGAAUGGCAAAUCGAUUUAGUAUGGCUAUAGGUGAAACAGACAGAAUUGAUACUAAUGAAGUUAGCCGAUCUAAUCCGCAUCUCAUAGAAUACCCGGAUCCUAGCACUAUUCUCCGAGGAGAUAAUUUAGGUUUGCCUCCUGUUAUUAUGGCUCCUUCUACAAACGAUGAAGUUUGCAAACUCCAGAUUGAGGCUCUCCAACGUCAUAUUCAUCUCCAAAAAAUGCAAGAAAAGUUACUUCACGAUCAAUUCGAGGCAUCAAUGAGGAUUCCAAUCACGAGGUAUAUACAACAAGAAGAAGAAGUACAAGAAGAGCAGCUUGAUGUAGAGCACGACAUGAACGUGAUUAAUAAUCAUCAUCAAGUAUACGAGGACGAAGAUGAUGUCUCACAAAAUCAACGUCGACAUAUUCGUCAUCAGUGA